AUCAUUUAGUUUGUUGAUAUUUAGAGGCAGCACGUAUCGAUGAAAGACGCGAUCGCUAUAUAUUUAGCACGUGUUCAUUUUAUAUGUUAGUAUGAGCACGUGUUGAGUUACGAGUCGGUAUAUAAAUCAGACAUUUAUUUAAUAGAACAUAAUUGUAAAUAAAAAAUAAAGUAUUUGCGGUUAUAUUUUACUAGUGAUUAAAAAAAGUGUAAUUAGCAAUUGAUAAUUGUUGCAAUUGAAUAUUUUUCGGACUUUCUUAAGAUAAAACGAAAGUAAAAUGAAAUUGAUCAUUCAGUAGAAUGAUUUUUGAUUUUUUUUUGAAGCUAGAAUUUUUUGACUCUGUGAAGUUGCAGUGAUGGCAGAAGAACCAUCACCAUAUUUGAGUGCGAUUCAGCAAGUUGCAGGAAGUACACCGAGUGAUAAGUUUCAUACAUUAAACAUCAUCGCGAAAAGAAUAAGUAAAUCAGAAAAUCAAAAUGAUUCGAUGCAAUCGGCUGUUAAUUCGUCAGAAUUACCGAAGGCUUUGAAGCCUUUAGUACAAGUGGAGGUUGCGCGAUUAUCAGGACAAUUUGAGGGAAUUUGCGAGGCUUUGAAAUCCGAUGACUCUGUAGUGGUUGAUCGGGCGCUUAGAGCCAAGUGGUUUUUCAAUGGCAGCCAUGAAAAUUGUAGAGUUCAGUACUACCAGGCAGAGAUUUUUCCGGUCGUGUCUCUGCAGAGUCGACUAAAAAUUAUCAAAGCGUUGGCUAAUAAUUUAACCGCGAAACCUGCUAUCGCUGAAGAAUUUUACACUGCGGUGACUUUGAUGUACGGAGAGAAGCAAGCUCACCCACUGUUGAUGGCUUGCAGUCAAUCAUUUAUCUGGAAUUGCAUCACAGAGCAUAAAGUACGGCUUAAUAAUAGAUUAGUACGAAUUUUCUUCGACAAGUAUCCAGAACUUGUUGUUAAUUAUCUGAAACUUAGCAAAAAAAGUGAUGACGAAUUUGAACGAAAUAUACGACCCGUCAAUUUACAGUCUCAUGCGUCUUUUCUUCCUAGAUUAAUCAAAAAAUAUCCUGAAACUUUCAUAGAACUCAUCGAAAUGCACAACAACAACUUCAAUAUAAAGUUAAGCCGCACUUGCACUGAUUUAUUUUUCAAAAAAUUCCCCAAUUCUCUAAUGAGGAAUCCACGAUUAUUUCUACCAAUGUUAGAUCUGAAAGUCGUGCAUAAAAACCUCACUGACCUUCAGUUCAAGGCCAUCUUCAAGCAUCAGUUCCCGCCCGAACUAGAUUCAUUUGAAUUCGAUGAAUUACUUCGGUACCUCGAAUUUUUUCCAGAAGAUGACAAAUUGCCUCUAAUGAUUUCUACAUUUGAAGAAGUUUACGGAGUUAAAUUUUUAGAUUGCUCUGACAAAAUUACACAUCCAACUCUUUUGCUGCUUUCAUGCGAAGAUCGGACCAAGUUCGUGGCAGAAAAAUUUCAGACAAUGGAAGAUAGGAGUUUUCUAUUUUCCGAUACGCCGUGGAUUUGCUACUUGCCCUGUGAUGAGUCGAUAAAGCGCUUGGAAUUCAUUAUUAAACACACAUGGAGUUCAACGCUACGACAGGAGUUAAUCAAACAAUUAAUCUUUACAUGCCACAUUAAUGCCGACAAUGAUUCAUUUCUGAGAGUCAUCAAAUACAUAUCGGCAAAGCACAAAAAUGAACCUUUAGCGUUAUUAUUGGAUAUUUUCGAAUAUAUAUUAAGAAGAUAUCCAUUAGAUACUUUAGCAGGGCAGCAUUGGGAAGCGUUGAUUGACUUAAUCAUUUCAACGGAUGAAAAGCACGCAGUGUUGCACGAGAAGAUAUCACCGGGUUUGAUUAUCGCUGCAAUUCGUUACGAUUUGGGUUCAAAUAUUAAUGAAAACACUGAUAAGAUGAAGUUACUUACGAAAUUGUAUCUGAGCCAAAGGUUUACUGAUUGGCGAAUUUUCAAAGACAAUCUUAGAUACGAUAGAAUCUGCCUAGAUCACUUUAUCUCUAAUGUAUUGGAAACUAAUUCUGUCGACAUAAAAGAAAUCGCUAAUCCACUAAUCGAUUUAAUAUCAUCGAUUAAAAACUUUAAUGAUGCGGUUACUGAAGCAAAAUCUGAUGUUAGAGUUAUUCGUAUGGAGGAAUAUCCAGAAUUGGUGCAAAAUGUGCAGUCAUUCAUUGAUGGUCACAUUGGAAGUAGAGCAUUCACAAGAAUUCUCAAAGUCAUGGUAAAAAACUUGGAUGAGAAGGUUUAUAAUGCGUUGGUAAGUGAACGUGUAAGGAAAACCGAAAAACUGCCACAAAUUGUAAUCGAUGAUUUGAAAUCGAAGCAUACUUGGAGAAUGCUGAAGACUGAUCCGCAGUGUUUUGAUCAUAGUUGGGAGAAGAUUUUGAAGGAAUGUGUCAAAAAAAUUCAUAAAUUUUGUAGUAAUUGCAAAAGUUGUUCUGAAAGAGAUCCCUUAGCUAAAAAAUUUCUCAGGAUGAGCCGGUGGUGUCAGGAUGUGCCGAUGAAGUUUGUUGAAAGGCUACUAAGAAACAUUAAAUGGCAUCAAAAUGGUCGGGAUCUGAUUACUCUGGCGUAUCUGCUCGAAGGACCAGAACUUGAGCGCAUCAUAGCAACUUUUAAUAGGACCACUGUUACGAAAACUCCUGAUAAAAAAAAAGGGCAGCUUGGCUUGAAAUUAGAUAAUUGUGUUCCGAUAGCCCUGAGUCUCGCUAAUCCCCCGGGAUCAUUAGAUUUGAUACUCAAAUACGGUAUCGGUAAAUGUGAAGACUUGGCUAUCAGAUGUCUUAUUAAUGUCAGUCGACGAACCAGGGUUGAAGAAGUUAUUUUGUUUGCAAUGGAUCUGUUGGGUCCAUCGCCGAUGAGUAAAUUGGUGUUUAUACGAACACUUGGAAUUCGGCUGCUUUGUAUGAUCGUGGAUGCCCAAGGUUUACACUUCAUUCUGACGACUUUGUGGAAAUACGAAACAGAUCUAAAGACUCGGGCUUUAGUGUUUAAAAAUGUGGUUAAACUUUUUGAAUCAUUUCCUAAUGACCAAAACUGGAAAUUGAUCAAUGAAUGCAUCGAUGGUCUUAAACCAAGUGAUAAAUAUACUUUCAAAUUUCUUAUGAAAUUUGAUGCCAUCUCUAAUGAGUUAAUUGCGGAAUAUGUCUGCAAAUUAUUUAACCUCUUUCGUAGACUCGGCGAUGAGGAAAACGGCUUGCAGCCAGAUGUCGUUUGGUUCUAUAUUACAAAGCUACUCAAUAUUGACAAAAACAUAUUAGUUCUAUUUUCCGACGAAUUACACAAUGGAAUAAUUGAAAAGUAUGUUCUUGAUUUGUCACUACCAAAAACAGUGCUGUCUGCAGGCCAUAGUUAUCUGAUUAAUUACAUUCUGACAGCGCGAGAUAAAUUAGAAGACAGAUUGAACCGUUUUGGAAAUAUAUUCAUCAAAAUUGUUAACGAAAAUUGGGAUGUUCCUCAUCCUACUGAACCGUCAUUCUAUCCAGCAAAUUAUUUCGUACAUGAAUUGAUCAAUAAUAUAGUACGUUCUCUACCCAACAAUCCUAUAAAACCUAAGUUAGCUUUUACUGCGAUAAUGGCGGCAUUUGGUUCGAAUUUGAGAGUUCAUCAGGAUCCUGAAUUCUACUCUUCGUUUACCGUCGCUUCAAUUGUCAACGACAAGGUCUCUCCCAAGGAAUUAGUUACGAACAUCAACAGACUCUUGCCUGCAUUUGUCAAAUCUGUCGAUAUAGACUUUAUCGAAACUGUCGCUAAAUAUCUUUACGAAAUCAUCGAUUCUGUCAUCGGCGAUCCCGGCUAUCAACUAGAAGUCGUCAUGAGUCUCGACGCUUUGGAAAAUUAUUACGCUAGUGUUCUUGCGUUUCAUCUUGUCUACUUUCGGAUUCAAGUAAAAAACGAUCAACUCACUAAAGUCGCUUCUCCUCAUAAUAUAAAUAUCAACCAUCUAAUCAUGUCCCAAUUUCACGAUUUAUUACAAACACUCAUUAAAAAAAGUAAGCAAUGUAAAUAUGUUUCAUGACAUUGAAUUUUAUAAUUAACGAUACUCAGGUUAUCUUUGUAUCGUUAAGUUUUUAAACACGCGUAGCAUAAAAAUCAAAAAUAAUUCGUUAAAAUAUUCUCUAUUAUUAUUAUUUUUUUUUUUAUGCUUUUUUAGCUUAAUCAUUGUUUAACUGAAGAAUGCAUGUACUCAGUUAUAUUUUUCUUUAAGAUGUUAAUUAAAAUUGUCAAUAAUUCUCAUGUUUUAUACAUCAAAAAUUUGUAAUAAUAAAAAAUGUCGUUUUGAAUUUUUUUUGCAACAAUUUUUCAUUUCGUUAACUUGCCUAUUAAUUUAUCUAUCCCGAUGUA